UCCCGGCCCCGGAGGAGGGACCCGGAAGCAGAAGCGCAGCCGCGAGUGGAGCGGAGCCGCUGCCCGCGCUGCCCGGCGCCGGCUGGGGGUCCCGGCGGCUGGAUGGGCGGCGGCGGCGCGGGCCGCGGGCGGCGAUGGGCGAGGAGCAGAGCACGGUGAGCGGCGGCGGCGGGCCCCGGGAGGCGCGGCUCCCCGGCGGGGGCUCGGCGGGCCAGCCCGAGUCCCCCAGGCCGCGAGGGGACCGCACCGGGGCAGCCGGGCCGCGCGCCGCCUCCUCGGAGCCGGGCGGAGGAGGCUGCGCGGACGCGAGCGCCCAGGAGCCUGCGAGCCGCCGGGCCACGGCGGGGCGGCCCGCGGGACUGCCACUGGCCGGGCCCCUGGACCCCCACAGCCUGCAGCUGCGGCUGGAGCGCGAGCCGGAGGGAGCGGGGCCGCGGGAGGCGCCCCCCGGCCAGCAGCCCCCCGACGGGCUGCUCCUGGACGCGCUGGCCCAGCGCCCCCCGCCCCCCGCCAAGCCGCAGGUCUUCUGCUCCGUGUACUGCGUGGAGAGCGACCUGCCCGAGGCCCCCUCCGCCGAGUCGUCGCCGGAGUCCCCACCUCGAGCCCUGCCAGGGCCGAUUCCCGCCAGCCCGGCGUCCUCCUUCCCCAGCUCUCCGCUCUCGCUCGCGGCUGACCCCCUCUCCCCCGACGGCGGCAGCAUCGAGCUGGAGUUCUACCUGGCUCCGGAGCCCUUCUCCGUGCCUGGCCUACUAGGGGCGCCACCCUACUCUGGCCUGGGCGGGGUAGGGGACCCCUACGCGCCCCUCAUGGUGCUGAUGUGCCGGGUGUGCCUGGAAGACAAGCCCAUCAAGCCCCUCCCGUGCUGCAAGAAGGCGGUGUGCGAGGAGUGCCUGAAAAUCUACCUGAGCGCUCAGGUACAACUUGGCCAAGUAGAAAUCAAAUGUCCAAUCACAGAGUGUUUUGAAUUCCUGGAGGAAACAACUGUUGUCUACAAUUUAACCCAUGAAGACUCCAUCAAGUAUAAGUACUUCUUGGAACUUGGCCGAAUUGACUCCAGCACCAAGCCGUGUCCUCAGUGCAAACACUUCACAACCUUUAAGAAAAAAGGACAUAUCCCCACUCCUUCCAGAUCAGAAAGCAGAUACAAAAUCCAGUGUCCCACUUGCCAAUUCAUCUGGUGUUUUAAGUGCCAUUCUCCUUGGCAUGAAGGUGUUAACUGCAAGGAGUACAAAAAAGGAGACAAGUUAUUGCGUCACUGGGCCAGCGAAAUUGAGCACGGGCAGAGAAAUGCCCAGAAGUGCCCCAAGUGCAAGAUACAUAUCCAGAGAACGGAAGGGUGUGACCAUAUGACUUGUUCACAGUGUAACACUAAUUUUUGUUAUCGAUGUGGAGAGAGAUAUCGCCAGCUCCGUUUUUUUGGAGACCACACAUCAAACCUCAGUAUAUUUGGAUGCAAAUAUCGCUACCUCCCAGAGAGACCUCAUUUAAGAAGAUUAGUUCGAGGGUCAGUCUGUGCCGGAAAGCUCUUCAUUGCGCCUCUCAUCCUGGUUUUGGGAUUGGCACUAGGGGCCAUAGCCGUUGUAAUCGGUUUAUUUGUAUUUCCUAUAUAUUGCCUUUGUAAAAAACAGAGAAAGCGAUCACGGACAGGUAUGCACUGGUAAUCCACAGAGGAUUUCACAUGAUGUCAGCCGGUACCAGGAGGAGCCGUGCAGGAUGCUCCACCGUCUAUGUGUCGGACCCUUAACACCUAGAGAAACUUCCGCCAUCUUGUCUCCUGUGGUUCUCUGCAGGCCACAGUGCCUCUCUAGCUACGGUGCACUCCCAACAUGGUGUCCUGUCCUUUCCUUAAACAAAUUGCUGCUUUUAAAAAAUGGUCACUUUCGUUAAUUAGAGACGUUUAUAUCUUAACUCUUACCUUCGUGGUUCGUGGAAGAAAAUACUUCGAGAACAGGGUAUCCUCAGCUGUGUUUUGAGGACACCUCACAGGAGUGUUAUUUGGAUUGUCUAAACUCUGUGCUUCUCUCCAGGCUGAAUGUGAGGUGUGGUAUGCAAAGCUGAGGUCCUGUCUGUCUCAGUAGACAAAGCCAUUUUUCAGAAGAUAAAUCAGAGUUCACCAAAUGCACCUGUUGUUGUCUGUAGCCCAAAUGGUAUCAUUCUUUUGCUCUUUGGACACUGUACUUGCUUUAAAAAAAAAUCUCAGCACCCAGAAGGGAAUUAAUGAAACUAAAUUAAUGAGAAGAACCAGGAGUUACUGGUGCGUAUGUGUAAGGAUGUGUAUGUGUGUAUAUAAACACGUGUUAAAUCAGGCUCCACAGCCGUGUGCUUGUCUAGUUCCAUGUCUAUUUUCAUAGAACCAUUCAGCCAUGAUGGUUAUUUUUGUGGGCCUAACUUGGUAAUGUACUGAAUUAAAGCCAAUAUCAACAACAGGUUGUGUCCAUGGUAUCCCUGUCCAUUUCUUGCUUUUUCUGUGGACACACACAUACACCCACACACCCCCGCAUGAGAUGUAUGCAGUGUCACUCCGAGAUGUACCAAACUUUGUAAACUGAAAGGAUGGUUUUAGAAAGUCUCAAGUUUCCAACAUGAUCUUUUCAGAUCCCUUGAAUUUUGACAUAAAUACUUUAUCCUGCCAAUAAAGCCUUCCUGGGAUUAUUUCUUUUUUUUUUUUUUUUUUUUUUUGCUUUGAAGAAAACUGUUUAAACUUUUAAUUUAAUUUCCAUUCUGCUCAUUAUUUAAUUACCAUUUUAGAAUCCUAAUUAAUUCUGCUGUAGGUUAAGUUUUAAAAAAUUAUUUAAUACUCUACUUCUUCCCUCUUUAUUUUUUUAAUUUGUCCUCAAGUUUUUUACAAAAAUAAAUAAUAGUUUUGAAGGAUUUUUGGCUAUGUUUACUACUCAGAUGCAUACUUUGCUGGUAUCUCCUUAGAGACAGAUAACUUGAAAACAGCUUUUUAUGUACAUAGUUUCAUGAAAACAUAAACUGUUUUGGAGAAGAAAACAAAUGUAGAAAAUAUUUUGGAGAAGUUCUUCUGAGAUGAGAAGUCUUUGCGAAUAAGAUAAUGGAAUUUAAGUAAACAGCCCCAUUUCCUUGCUUCUAUCAUAAAUUUUAUCGAGACAAAGAAGAGAUGUCAUGAAGCCUAAGGCUUCAGCUCAUUUUUACAUUCUCAAAGUCAGCUACUUGUAGUAAAUGUUUGUUUGACUUGAAGUAGACUGUAUGAUAACACUCACGCUUAUAUGGCUGUUUCAUGGUGUCGGAUGCCAGAGUGUAAGAACUUUGUACCCUUGUGUUUCGCUGCAAAAGUUCAUGCCCGUGAGGACGGUCCAUGUCUAAGCUAGCAUGCUCGUAGUCUUGAGAGCAAUAGAGAGGAGCUGGACAGCUUCCUGCUCAGUGGUGAGAGUCUGGCGGGAGGAGUUCACGGCACUGGUGGAGUACCUGUUUCUGGACUGUGGUGUGAGGUAAGGCGCAGUGGUCUCUGGCGUCACAGACUUAUCUUCCCGUGCCUUCAGCCGUACAUCUGCCAAGUGUUUACUGUCUGCCUUAGAUGUGCUAGUCUUAGACCAAAAGACAGAACUUCUAGCCCAAAUACAUGUCUCUGUUGUUAAAAGUGCUUAAUUUUUAGAAACUUGUUUUUCCUGGACUCGGCCAUCGAGUCCAGUUUGGCCAGCUGUGGGUGGGAUGGAUCUGAGUAUGCCCCAUGAAUCUGUCUGUAUGUCAUUAGUAAACAUGUCAUGUUCAUACACAUUCCUAGGUGAACAGAGACUUGUGGGUCUGAGAGUGUCUAUAUUCUUGGGUUUUUGUGCCUGCUGGCUUUGGCCUACUCAGGGAUUUUUAUUCUAUUCUUUAGAUAGCUUAUCUUUUACAGAUAUUUUUAUAUAUGAUUUGAAAAAAAAAUUCCAAUAUGUGAUUUACAAAUUGGUAUUUGUUAUCAGGAAAGGCUGUUUCAUCAGAGGUUGGGAGAGUACACACUGUGCUUGCACGGGCAUCUCAUUUGUAAGUGCAUAGAUUUGUAAAAUAAAUGUGUGCGUUUUUCCCUUCCUAAGGAACACACAACCACAUACGCAGAUAUGUGUGUCCUUUCCGUGGUAGUAACUUAAAAGUAAUUAUUUGUGAAUAUUUUAGUAAGUCUCAGAAAUCUUUAAAAGAGUUAAAGAAAAAAUAGCAAAAAGUUUCUCUGUAAGUGCCAACUUUGAAGGUAGAACAGUGGUAACAUUUAGAAUAAAUUCUGAAAACUCCUUUACAAAAUGAAGUAUACAUGUGAACUGUCUUUUUAUCCAGGUCUCGUCUUUAUCUGUCAACACUGUAGAAACUCAGACCAUGUAGGGCUAUAACAUACAAGGUCCUCUGCGUAUCUGCCCCUUGUUUUCCUAGGGUGACUCUCAGUGGUCUGAGAUGCUUCCUUCAAAUGUACAAAUAAGUGUGUGUCCGUGUGUGUGCACGCAUGCACCCUUGCAUGUCAGUUUUCUGCUAAUAGAAUGACAUCCUUUGCUGGGGCUCUUUUUCACGUUUUUAAGGAUUAGAAGAAUACCUUUCCACAAGUGUUUAUACCCAUUUGAAAGUUACACUCUAAUCCACUGGGGAGCUGUGUUUUAACUGAUUUGGUCAUCUGUUGAAUGGGUAACAAGAUAGUUUUCACUGAUCACACACAAAACAUCUUAUGCAUUCAUAUUUUUGUCACCAAUACAACCAUUUCCAUGGGAUUUUGAAAUUUAUUUUUACAAAAAUAUUUGUAAUAAAUAUUUUUAAGACAUAGCCAAAAGAUGUGACCGUAGGAAUAAUGUAUUCAAGACCCUAUUUGGGAGCAGUGUAGAGACUGCCUAAUUUUAAAGCAGAGCAUCUUUCAAGACUUCCUCUUUGAAAGAUUAGCCAAAUAUCUUGCUGAAAUUUAAAAGAGAAUAUUAGUCUGUUCCCAGUGAAGCAAAAAUGUGAUGAGUUGUCUUUUUCACAGUGUGAAAAAGAUUAAUCAGUUCUUGGAUUUCUUCUUUUUCACUUUAGUACUGAAGGAAUGAAUGGUAUCUGUCUCGCUGUCUAAAACCCUCAUUAAUGCCAUUUAUGAGAAGUAGGAGGAAAAGGAGGUCAAAUGCCAUAACACUAGCUACAUCCUCUUCCCACCUUUAUGGUCCAGCCCGCAGCCACUUAAUAGUACAAGAACAGGUGGGAAAACAGAGAUGAGUUAAACAAGAGACAAUUUACAGCAUAGCAUCUGUCUCUCUGUGCUGUGGGAUCAAGAUUCUGUACGACCUCUCGGGAAAUGCCCAACCCUGUGGUACCAUCUCAAGUACCAGGACCCUACUUAGGACUGUAUCUUUUAAUUUCACUGCCCAGACACAUGCCUCUGUGUUCCCAUAACACCUCUGUGUCCCAUACUCUACAAAGACCUUUGCAGUUAUUCUGUCUGUCCCUAUGUUAGUUGCAACCACGUUUUUGUCCACACCUCUGUCACCCUCAGAGAAGAGGGGAGGCAGGUGGGAGAGAGGCCUACCCUGGUCUGUGUAGCCUCAGCGUCUCUGGCCUUUCUCAGAUUUUAGUGCAUCUGCCAACACAUCUCCCCUACCAAACAAUGAAACUGUUUUAACAUCAGAUUUUUUUUAUGAUGCCUGUCAUUAUGAAUAUAACAAAGUUAGUGGCCUAAGUAAUACUAGGUGGCAUAUAAGUACAAAACUAAGAAAAUCUAUGCCACAAGCCACAUUACAGGUUAGUUUUAUAAGCAAUCUGAACACAGUCCUUGAUAUGAGUUCUUUCGUGUCAGUGGUUGGAGUCUGUCUGCGCUAUUGUUCUGUGUUAAUGUCUGCUAUAAUUGUUAGCCUUAACACUGAUGCACUUUCUAGUGUGUGUGCCAUUUAAAUAGUUAAGUGCUAAAGCAAAAGUGACAGGUGUGUUUUUUAGCGACAAGAAUAGAAUCAUAUCAGUAAAUAUGUUUAAAUUCUUCAAAUUAGUGAGGAAUCAGAAGCUGAGUCCUUUAUGUAAAACAUUUUUAAUAUAAGUUGAGUAUAAAGCACUCAAAUAUAGAACUGUUUCUAAAAUGUUAGAAAAGCUGGGGAUUUUUUUGCAAUGAUUUUGCAACAUUUAGAACUCAUAGCAAAUAAUGAUGCUACAUGAUAAUUUCACUCGAAUCUCUGUUUAAAAUACUAAUUCCUACUGAAUGUUUUAAUUGUAUUUAACUGUAUUUUCAUAGUUCAUGAAUUCUAUACAAGAAAUUUUCUUGACUAGAAACACAAUAAAUAAAAAUAGUUGGAGCACAUUUUGCUUUCAAAUCAUAACUUAAUUAUACACUUUUCCUACAAUUGUGGACACUAACUUCCAAAAUCACAUAUUGAAAUGUAUCUCUGCAAUGACCAUAUCACGAAAACUUGUACAGAAACCAUGUUAUCUAAACAAACAAAAAACACUUCCAGGCUUGAAAGAGUACUUAAGGUUGUGAAAUGUUACUUUUUGGAGGCAAAUCAAUGGAUGGGACUCCACUGUAUUUCUUCCUUUGAGUGUACAGCUGAGACUGAUUCCAAAGCCGUGUGCCCCGUGGGAUUUCUAUGCAUCACUUUAUAAGUCUUCAGAUUUAGAUGGUGUUAUCCAGACCCAAAAAGUACAGUCACAGUAGAAUAAGACUAUUGUCAUUGUCUAACUGCUUUUUGGCUAAAGCCUUAAUAUGUCACAUACCUUACAUACCGUAUAUGCCCUUCUACAUAUUGUCAAUUGUGUGAGCAUGUAAUCGUGUAUAUUAGAAAUUAUAUUUUUUUUCCUUUGGACUAAAGAAGUGACUGUUUUGAGAAUAAUGACUUAAAUGCAAAAAUUAUCUUUUUGAAAAAUACUUGAAGUAUUUAUUACUGGUGUCCUUUUGAGGGUCAUUUCUUUAUUUCUCCAAAAGGCAUUCAGUGGUUUAUUUUAGGUUAUGUGGACUCAUUAAUAGAGAAAAUUUUUGUUGUUGUUUUUCAGUUCUGGGUCAUAUGCUACCACUGUCUUCUUCCGUGUGUGUGUGUGUAUGUGUGUGUGUGUGUGUGUGUGUAGCAAUACCCAUGCAUCUCAACAUUGCAUACCUAUUUCUUUUCUUAGUUUUCCAAAUUAUCUUGCUUUUUACUUCUGCAGUGCCCCCCCCCGCCCUUCUCAUCUCGGCCAAGUGAGGAAUAAAUUGUCUUAAGCACUCGCUCCUUUCAACUGUAAUGCAGUGAAAUUCUGUGCUGAAAGGCCUGGUGACCUAACUCUACUAGUAUGUGUCAUUUAUCCUUGUUAUUGUUAACUGAGCUGGAUCCACAGUGCCUGGGACAGUUUUCCUGAUUCUUGGUAGUUGCUGAGGUCCUAGCCCUCUGUGAAUUGGACCAGAGGUUUGAUAAUACUCUAGAGCCAAACUUGAGAAAUCUGUGAUUGUCAGAAGCUCAAUGCAGUGCCUGCAUAUCGGCUGGACCAAAAGCACACACACAUUCAUAUGAUCUGACCCAAAGCUUUUUAUCCUUCACCUAAAGGAAUUCACAGUUGCAAUUAUUGGUCUUUAAGUAUAAACAUCCUGUAGCUUGAACUUGGGGUAGAUUUAAAUCAAGCAGCAAUUGUAUAUUAGAGGCAGCUAUCAACUCAUGUUCUGUGGUUUUUAUUAGGCACUUUGAUAAUCUAAAGCAGAUCACCUAGACUAUAACCAGGGUUGGCCCUGUUACAGAGAGACUGCUUUCCUCAGUCUGUAGGCUGUAGUCAUUUUGUUCUGUUGACAGUGUCCUUUCUUUACGGAAGCUUUUCAGUUUCAGGAUGUCCCAUUUAUUAAUUGUUGAUCUUGGAGCCUGAGCUGUUGGUGUUGCUUGCCAUUUUAUUUUUAAUUAAUCGGUUUGACACAUAAGCCACACUCAAAAUGUAUUAAAUGUAGUUUUACUAUGUAAGAAAAAAGUUCAGAGAGUCACACUUGGAUGUUAAAUGGCCCCAGGAUUGCAGAAAUGAUGCCAUUUCAGGUUUUCCUCAUAGGGGGCAGGCUGUGCCGGACUUGUUAGUCCCUUUUAAUGUCAAGGUUCCAUCUCAUGGCCAGCUAGGAAAAUCGUCUUGUUAAAUUCUUGAAAGUUACCAGGUUUUUAAAUUAGCAUUGCUUCCUCCAUAUCUAAAUACAUUGUUUCAGACAGCUAGUAUUUAAAUAUAUGAUGUGUAUAUCUAAUUUUUAGUCUAUAGAAAAUUAGCAUGCUAUAUGUUUCUUUACAAAAAAAUUCUAGACAUGGCAUCAUUACUUUUUAUCAGCUGAAUAGAAUUUUUUUCCCUAAUGCCCACUUUUAAAGUUGCAUAUGAUAACUCCUCAAUAGCUAAUAUCUUGAUCAUUUUCAUUACAAUUAAAUUUCUGUAGAUGGUGUUUUGAAAAAUUUAAGAAGCCUUGUGAAAACCUUAUUUUGGUAUGAAAUUCAGAAUAGUAAUUGAAUAUAUAUAAAUGUGUAUUUAGACACCAUUUGCCAAAGCAGAAACAAUUUCUUCCAAAUUUUUAUGAAAAUUAAAAGGCACCCAGGCAGGGCACUUGGCGUGUGGCCCAGUCAGAACCCUUAGGUCUGGGGUUAGCUGCGUUUGCUUCCAUCUCCUCCUCAGUCCACACUGAUGUAUAUGAACGGGCAAGGCUUGUAUUGGUUUUAUUUUAUGUUUUUUUGUUUGUUUCCUUCUCUCCUGCCCUUUAAAAAUUGGCUCUCUGGUGAAAGGCAGAAGGCAUAUUUCAUGUGCCCGUCAGGCACCAGGCAGCCUACUGCAUGUGCCUGCAGUGACCAAUUACCCUUGUACCCUACUCCCGUCCUCGCUUCCCAUGACACAGUACAGUUAAGGAGUUUAAUUUAAACUCUGUUCUAUGGGACAGCAGCCCUCUGCAGACACACAUAUGCUGCUUUCUAAUAAAGGCCCUUUUAACCCCUUGUGGGCAUGUGGAGGAGGAGGGGAAAAAGAUUGACUAUCUCAUUGCUUGUGAAAACAAUUAUUCAUGUGCUAAUAAAUAGUACUUCUGACUGCUUUUAAAAAAAUCUAAUCAAACAGCAGCAGGCACACAUCUUUAAUCCCAGCACUUUUGGGAAAGCAGGCAGAUCUCUGUGAGUUCCAGGCCAGCCUGGUCUACAUCGUGAGUUCUAGUAUAGCCAGAGCUACAUGGCGAGAUCCUAUCUCAAAAACAAACAAAUAAAAUCAAACAAACAGCAGCAUGCAAAUAUUAUUACAUUAACUCAUCACUUAUUAAGAAGCAAAAUUGGUAAGACAUUUUCUUUACUUAUCUUGCAAACCUUAAAGACAGUUACAUUAUCUAUGUCGUCAUUUUUCUGCAUAUUCAGAAAUUGAUGUUCUAAGGAAUAAUUACCAUCUUCUAUGUAAAUGUGAGACUGUAUUCCAUUUUAAGUAAGGUCUCAAUAAUAAUAACAGGGGGUAAUGUUUGCUUUAUCUUAAAGUGAAUUGCUUCCAUUUUAAUGUGUACCAGGUCUUGUCACUUCCCUUUUAUUGAACAUUUAAAAAUUUUCUGUAAACUUUGUGGCCCAUUCCCAGGUAAUAUGUCAUAAUGUUUUUCUUGUUGAAAAUAUUCCUUGACUUUUAAAUGUUUUAACUGUUUCUGCAUUUCAGUAGUUGCUAACUUUGAUCUUCAUAAAAGUACGUGGAAGAAGCCACUUUGGAUGUAUUUUUAGGAAAUAGGCAGGUGGAAAUAACAAAACAGAUGCCACUGAUAUCUUAAUCCCUGAAAAGCAAUUGGAAAGAAAAACAAACAAACA